GCCAUCUUCCUCCCUCGUAGGUAUGGGAAGCUUCUUCCACAUAUUUUACUAUUAUCUCAAUCAAUCCUACACAUAGGUGCACUGAACAUGCGUCCAAUUUUGACUAUUCAGUAGCGCAUGUUGUCACCUUUGGUUUGAGGGAAGUAGGCAAACAUGGCCCCCAACCGAAAUGGAAUGAUCUUGAACCCCCACUUCCACAAAGACUGGCAGAAAAGAGUGCGUACUUGGUUCAACCAGCCAGCCAGGAAGCUCCGCAGACGAAAGGCACGCCAGGCUAAGGCCCGCCGCAUCGCUCCCCGUCCAGUCGCUGGACCGCUGAGGCCUCAGGUCAGGUGUCCUACCAUCAGAUACCACACCAAGGUCCGUGUUGGACGUGGUUUCAGCCUCGAGGAACUCAAGGCCGCCGGCAUCCACAAAAAGACAGCCCGCACCAUUGGAAUCUCUGUCGACCCUCGUCGUCGUAAUAGGUCCGCAGAAUCUCUCCAGGCUAAUGUGCAGCGCCUUAAGGAGUACCGGUCUAAGCUCAUCCUGUUCCCUAGGAAGUCUUCUGCUCCUAGGAAGGGAGACAGCACUGAGGAGGAGCUGAAGAUGGCCACUCAGCUCAUAGGACCUGUCAUGCCCAUCAGAAUUGUACACAAGAAGGAGAAGGCAAGGGUUAUCUCUGAGGAUGAGAAGAACUUCAAGGCUUUCGCCAGCCUGCGUAUGGCCAGGGCCAAUGCUCGCCUCUUUGGUAUCCGUGCCAAGAGAGCUAAAGAGGCUGCUGAGCAGGAUGUGGAAAAGAAAAAGUAAUUACUUUGGAACUUUGCAAAAUAAAGUGUUUAAAAGAU